AUGGCUGUGGGAACAGCUGCAAACGAUCGAAUCGAGAACCAUGCGGUGGAGAAGGAGAGGAAUCCAGUGUCGCCGCAGCUCCAGGCAUCGCCGAAAGGCCGCGAUGCAGACGCGAAAGAAGGCCUUGCCUCCACGCGGACACAAGCGGAUUGCAAGAAGGAGGAUGUGGCCAAGGAGGGCGAAAGGCACGUUGACUUCGGAUACCUCAGUGAGUCAGUAAUAAGCACUGCCUCACCAGCUAUGAGCGAAGCUGGCGAAAGUGGGGAGUCAUCCAACUCCAGUGUGUCGCAAGAUGCCCAUGGCAAUGUCGAUUGCCACUCCAACGGCUUAUUGCCUUUUGCAGAUCUUGCUGGAGCCAGAAGAUCUGCACCCGAGGCGCAGAAAGGUCACGCUCAAGUCGAGUUCGCAGCGCUUUCUCCUGAAAGUCCACCUUGUUGCUGCGGCGGAUUGCAGUACCUGCAGGAGAUGCUGAAUUACAUGGAUAGCUACUGCCAGGGCAUGCGCCCGUGGCAACAGCAGUGGGUGAGUCUGGUGGAAUCGGCAUGCAGGACGGCGCUGGAAAGCGACUACAAGGAGAUGGCGUUGGUGGGAAGCUUGGCUUUGGCUCUGGAGACGCCCGGGAGCGAUGUGGACCUCGUGUGCGUUACACACUCGCCCGCACAUCAAGUAGAUGCAGUGACUGUUCUGAGGAAGGUCCGGGACAUACUCGUUUCCGACAGUCACUCCUCCGGAUUCCCUGAUGGCUACACCGUGCUAGUCAUUGAUGAUGCCCGAAUACCCAUUCUGUCUGUGACGACAGGCAGCCAGGUCCUGGUCGAUCUGGCCUUGAAUUCGCACCACUCCAUCCAGCAUGUAAGUUGGUUUCGGAAUGUUGGUGCCGUGCCUCCGAAUCCUCCGACUGUGGUGCAGGUCCCAGUGCUGACUGUGACGCUGCGCUGCCUGAAAUGGUGGUUGAGGAUGAGACGAAUUCCCCGCAUGAAAGAUGGCUCGCUGCCAACAGUGGCAUGGAUGCUGCUGGCAAUGCAUGUUUGCGCGGAGCAAAGUGGAUCCUUCUCACCGGAGCUCCUUUCAGAGAAUCCACUGGCGGCGGUACUUGCGCUCCUGAGUGCCUUCUUCCAGAGAUACACGACGGUCAGCGGUCUCGACGGGAAGCUGCAGUUUGAGAAAGGCUCUGCUGUCUCAAGCUUUGAGCAGAGCUUCCAGAAGCGGCCCUGCCAUGCUGAUCUAGUAAUCGUCGAUCCAGAAUCAGAUGUGAACUUGGCACCGCCGAUGUCGCCGGCAACACAUAUUCUGCUGGUGCAUGAGCUACUUCGUGCAAGGUCUCUUUUGAAGAGUGUGAUGAGUACCGGACAGUGCCAGCAUCUUCACUCGGUUUUUCAGCCGGUGCCAGAGUUUGUAAACUCACUCCCUGCCUCCGCUUCCGACAGUUUUGAUGCGCUGGUGUUCCUGGGUGGGAAUGGGGACAGUUCAUGUACAGUUGAGCUCGUCCGCAUUCACAGCGUCGGCAAGAUGCCCUGGUGGCAAGCUCCUUUCCUGGCUCGCUGGGACAUGCAGAGCCACCUGGAUGCACACAUUUUCUGCGAGCAGCAAGUAGCUGGCCGUUGCACCUUUAUCCAGACGAAGGCCAUCACCUUAUCGCCCUGGAAUUUCAUCUGUCGUGUGGAAACAAGCGGUGAUGAGCAGAAGGGGUUGAUUCUGGAUGACGAGGCCCUGCAUUGCAUGAAGAGUAUGAAGGCGCUGGCAUCUGAAAUGCAGGGCUGGGCUGCGAUCAAAAGCCGGCUCUGGAACUUGGCCGGUGGCGCGCGAAGCUGGAGAGUUCCAGCUCGUGUCGUGCAGGACCCUGAAUGUGAGACGGAUGUGGAGUGCGGGAUGCAGCGCCCAGAAUGCAAGAAUGCGCAGUGCCAGGAUCUACGAGAAUUCAACGCGUCCGUGGGCGAGUGUAUCUGUGAAAGCCCCAAAGACUGCGGACGUGAGGAGAUGGACCCAUCGAAAAACACCUCACUCACGGGCUGCGCCCAGAUUUGUGAGACGAAUCCUGAGUGCCAAGCUUUCGAAGGGUAUUACCACCGCUCAGGCAGUUUCGUCUGCAAACUGCUCAGGACUCGCCAGAAUCAGGAAAGCGGAGCACCUGCAACUUUGACAGGCAACGGCAGACGCUUUGCAUCCGAGUACGACGUGUUCUGCUACAACAAGCCAGAUAGAGAAAGUCUCUGUGGCCGCCAUGUUGGAUGCCUUGCAACCCCAGGUCACUUCUGCUGUCCCGACCGUCGUGGCGAGCUGCUUCUCUGCUGCUCGACGCCAUCU